CCGUGUUGCCCCUGCGGCCCAGUCGCUGCACAAUGCCCUAAUAAAAUCUGUAUAGUCAGCAUAUAGAGAUCCUGGGAGUGGACUUUGCUGGGCUGAUCAGCGGCGCCCCCUCCGGCCUCUUCUCCGCCUGCCCCAGCUGUCUCCUCGGGACUUCACCAGUGGGAGGUCUCUGAGGUUUCUCCUCACUGGAGAUAGCAGCUCUCACUUCAGACAUGAUCUCCACUUCUCUGAGACGCUGCCUCCUCCCUGGCAGGAUCAGUCCAGCGCUGCAGACAUGCAGGGUCAGGACCUCCCCGGCCAGAGCCUUACAUGGGGCUGCAGCUGCUGGAACAGCAGAGGGGGACAAGAAAGUGAAGACACUCAAGGAUUUGCCUGGACCUUCCCUUCUCACCAACCUCUACUGGUUCUUCAUCAGGGGCUACCUGCUCCACACUCAUGAGCUGCAGCUGAUAUACAAGAAGCGCUAUGGAUCAUGGUGGAAGUCAGAGAUCGGCAAGUACCGGAUGGUUAACAUCGCAGAUCCAGUCCUUUUGGAGGUUGUUCUGCGACAGGAGGGGAAAUACCCCCUGAGGAACGAGAUCGACCUCUGGAGGUUACAUCGGGAACUGCGGAAUGUGUCUUAUGGACCUUUCACAGAGCGUGGAGAGAAGUGGCAUUCCCUCAGGACCGUCUUAAACCAGAAGAUGUUGAAGCCUAAAGAAGCAAAGAGCUAUGCCAGGAGCAUUAACGAGGUCGUCUCAGACUUCAUGGUCAGGCUGCAGGACUUGCGCAAGCAGAGCCCGUCCGGGGAAACCGUCAACGACAUGGCCAGCGAGAUGUACAGAUUCGCUUUUGAAGGGGUGUCCUGUAUCGUGUUUGAGACCCGGAUGGGCUGUUUGGAGAAAAAUAUUCCCCCCGAAACACAGAGGUUUAUAGACUCCAUUAACCAAAUGUUCAGGAAUACUGUAUUUGUGACCUUCCUUCCUGAGUGGACACGACGAGUCCUGCCAUACUGGGACCGCUACAUGGAAAACUGGGACAAUGUCUUUGAUUAUGGUAAGAAGCUCGUGGAUAAGAAGAUGAGUGAGAUCCAGGCGCGGCUGGAUAGCCGGGAGGAGGUGCAGGGCGAAUACCUGACCCACCUGUUAUCCAAUGGUAAACUCAGUCUCCCGGAGGUGUACGGCAGCGUGUGCGAACUGUUGAUGGCCGGCGUGGACACCACAUCAAACACACUCUGCUGGUCUCUCUAUCACUUGGCACGAGAGCCGGAGCUCCAGCAAACCUUGUAUGAAGAGAUCACAAAGGCCGUCCCGAUGGAUUGCGUACCUGAAGCCGAUGAUAUCACCCACAUGCCUUUACUGAGGGCCGUGAUCAAGGAGACCCUGAGACUUUAUCCAGUCGUUCCAACCAAUGCAAGAAUUAUCAGUGAGCACGAGGUGGUAAUCGGAGACUACAAGUUCCCCAAAAAUACCCUCUUCGCAAUAAACCAUUACGCCAUCUCCAGGGAUGAAGCCAAUUUCAAGGACUCAGAAAAGUUUUAUCCACAGCGGUGGCUUCGAGAUGGGGGCAUGACACACCACCCAUUCAGUUCCAUACCCUUCGGCUACGGGCUGCGCGCCUGCGUGGGGAAGCGGAUCGCAGAGCUGGAGAUGCACUUGGCACUGUCUCGGAUUAUUAAGAUGUUUGAGGUUAAACCAGAUGCCAAAAUGGAAAACGUAAAACCGAUGGCACGUAUCGUCCUAUCACCGAGCGAGAAAAUCAACCUGCGGUUUAUAGAGAGACGAUCCGCCUGAGGUCGGACACUUUAUAACUCUCCUCGGCAGCAGCCACCUCUCAUCAGAUACAGAAUCCUAUCAUGUAAUUCAUGCUGCAGGGCCGGGUAUUCUGCCUCCCAUAAAGCCCGAUAGUCAGGUGCGCUUAUUAAGGCUUCUUUUGGAGAUUUUUCUGGCUUUUGCACAUUUCAUUGUCCUUCCACCUGCAGCAACAUCUAAACCACUUGUCCAGCAGGAACUGCAAUCCCCUGAGGGCCCAAGGGCCCAAAUCUAGGGCUCAUAUAGUCCAUAAGUGCCAACGUAGAAGUGGGUUUGCCUUAAAUUUUCUUUGGUUUUCUGUAUAAAUUCAGGUGUUCUUAGACUUUUCUAUUGACUUUGAGAAUAUAUUUUAUUAAAUCCUAGCGAGCAUUAGGAGAUUCACGUCAGAAAUUCAUGAUGAUUAUUCUGUUCAGAUCUGUUUCAAUAAAGGAAAUUGGUAAACUUUUUAUAUAAA